AUGUGGAUACCUCAACGAAUUAGUUGCUUCUAUCUUAUAGUUUUAUUAUUUACAAAAAUAUUCACAACAAAGGGCAAUAAGCAUGUCUCACAGCUACUGGAAUCCUUAUUAACCGAUUAUAAUAGAAGUGUGAGGCCAGUUCACAACGCUUCAGAUGCUCUUAAAGUUUAUUUUGGCGCUAAUCUAUGUAGGCUUAUAGAUGUGGACGAGGUGAAUCAGGUAUUAACAACGAGUCUUUGGCUGGAAAUGCAAUGGCGGGACAAAAAACUGGUUUGGAAACCAAAAGAUUGGGGAGGUGUCGAUUCGAUUUAUAUACCAUCAGAUCAGAUUUGGGUACCUGAUAUUGUGCUUUACAAUAAUGCUGAUGGUGAGCCGCAUAUCACAAUCACAACUUUUGUUAAAGUUUACUCCGACGGAAGGGUGAUUUGGCAGCCGCCUUCAAUUUAUAAAAGCUUUUGCCCCAUUGACAUCAAGUACUUUCCCUAUGACUAUCAGCAGUGUAUGAUGAAGUUCGGAGGAUGGACAAACGACGGAGAGAAAGUUGAGCUUUUCCAAAUUCCGGUUGAUGCCAAUGAUGUUCCUCGAACUGAGGUUGAAGAGGACGGACAAGAGUAUCUCUUUUUGGAGAAGGGGCUCGGAUUGAGCUUCUACCAUGAAAGUGCUGAAUGGGAUUUGCUUAGCACAACAUCUGCUAGAUACGCACAAGUUUAUCCAGGCUGCUGCGGACAGCAAUAUUACAUUGACAUCAAGUAUCACAUAACAAUCCGAAGAAAAGCUAUCUUUUUUACAUAUACCUUAACCAUUCCUUGCAUGUUAAUCGCGAAUCUUACACCUUUCGUCUUUCUAAUUCUUCCAAACGAGCACAAAAUGACAUAUUCGAUAUCCGUGCUGGUCGCAUUCUCUGUAUUCUAUUUGAUUCUUAUCGAGCUUCUCCCACCAACAUCUAUUUCCAUGUCACUUAUCGGUGUAUACUUAUUAUUCACAUUACUUAUGGUUUCAGUUUCAAUUAUAUUAUCCGUUGUUACUAUUAAUAUGUAUAGAAAACAAGCAUUUUCGUCGGAAAUGUCAAACUGGCAGCGAUGGUUGUUUGUUCAAAGGCUACCCAAACUUCUUCGUUUGAAAGCACUCGAGGACGACGAGAAUGAAAGCGAAACAACAACACAAAGAACAAGCUCGGUGUCAGCGGCUCAUAAAAACUCGGCAACCAAUAGCUCACCAAUUCUCCCACCGCAGCGUAUGCGAUUGCUUAGUUUAGUUCAAUUAGACGAGGCUUUAAAGCAACGAUGCGCCGCGGACAACGUGGAUUUGUUUCGCAAAAUUUCAGGUCACCUGCGGGUUAUUUCUGCGCAUUUUCAUAAUAUUAAAAUGGAAAGCAAAAUCACUGAUGAGUGGCAAUUAAUGUCGUUAGUCAUCGAUAGGAUAUUUCUAAUCAUUUACAUUGUUAUUAAUAUGGUCGCCAAUAUUUGGUUCCUCUACAAUGCGCCGACGUUGUUCGAUCAGCGUCCAACACUGACACAGACAAUUGCGCACAAGCCGCUUAGUGGCGGUACAUUAAAUGUCAUGUUAACUUAA